AGUGCGUCGUGAGAUCACUCCUUAACCUCGACGAGCGAAUCGUGCCCGUCCAAAUUUGCUAUUCGAUAAAAUAUAGGCUCAGUCUGCAUAUUAAGUUAGGACAUACCACAAGUGCCACGCUAAAUACGAUGAAGGCCGUAGUAUUUGCCUUGCUGUUGGUCCUCUGUUACGUGGAAUGUAAAAAGACGUAUGCCCCCCUCGACAAACAUGCCAACGUAGAUUUUAUUAAUAUGGAGGGAGGUGGGAUCAAGCCAGCGCCGCGGCCGGGCGGCGCGGCGACCCCUCCGUCUAAACCUCAACCAAUACCCGUGGUUCAACCCGCCCCAACUCCCCAGCAACCACCAGUACCCAAAUCAGCUCAAGCUCCCCAACCAGCACCGACUGCAGGAAAACCAGCACCAGCCGUCACCAUCAAACCAGCUCAACCAGCCGUCACGCCCGCUCAACCGAAAACACCAAAUCAAAUCAAACCGGUCCCCGUAAAUCCGUCGCCAGUGGCCAACCCCAUCACGACCCCUGGACCCGGCAAUGUCAAGGAUUUGGUCAACUUUUACAACAGCCAAGGCAAAGGCAGCCCCAUCCGUCCCUACAGUUACAGCCAGGCUGUUAAACAGGGAUAACU